UUCACCUGACAAAGUCAAUAUAAAUGACAUCAUCCUGAUUGCUCUCAAUACAGACUUGAGAACAAUUGGCAAGAAAUUUCUCCCCAGUGACAUCAAUGGUGGAAAAGUAGAAAAGCUUGAAGGUCCAUGUGUUUUGCAAAUUCAAAAAAUCCGCAACGUUUCUGCACCAAAGGAUAAUGAAGAAUCUCAGGCUGCACCAAGAAUGCUGCGUUUGCAAAUGACUGAUGGUCACAUAAGUUGCACAGCAGUAGAAUAUAGUCAUAUGUCAAAAAUAAGCUUGAACACACCACCUGGAACUAAAGUUAAGCUCUCAGGCAUUGUAGACAUAAAAAAUGGAUUCCUGCUCUUGAAUGACACAAACACCACAGUUCUUGGCGGUGAAGUGGAACACCUUAUUGAGAAAUGGGAAUUACAAAGAAGCUUGUCAAAACACAAUAGAAGCAAUAUUGGAACCGAAGGUGGACCACCUCCUUUUGUGCCUUUUGGACAGAAGUGUAUAUCUUAUGACCAAGUGGAUAGCAGAGAUCUUGAUCGACGAAAGACAUUGCAAGUUACAAUGCCUGUCAAACCUACAAAUGAUAAUGAUGAAUUUGAAAAGCAAAGGACUGCUGCUAUUGCAGAAGUUGCAAAGAGCAAAGAAACCAAGACAUUUGGAGGAGGCGGUGGUGGCGCUAGAAGUAAUCUUAACAUGAGUGCUACUGGUAACCGAAAUAGGGAAAUUUUACAGAAAGAAAAGUCAGCCAAAUCCGAAGGAAAACAUGAAGGUGUCUAUAGAGAACUGCCCAUUUUCAAAAUAUUUACUUUGGAUUCAUUACUUGAGAACCUAGGACAAAAGUUACUGGGUGUAAGAAAAUCUAAGAAACCUAAGUCACAGCUGCAGCAGCUUCAUCAGGGACAACACAGAUUGUCAAAUACUGAUCAGAAUGGAGUGAAAGAUAAUAAUCAACCAAGGUAUCUUCCUCGAAAUGAUACCAGACAGCCAAGAAAUGAAAAACCUCCUCGUUUUCAAAGAGACACUCAAAAUUCAAAGUCAGUUUUAGAAGGCAGUGGAUUACCUAGAAACAGAGGCUCUGAAAGACCAAGUACUUCUUCAGGAUCUGAAGUAUGGGCUGAAGAGAGAAUCAAGUGUGAUAGACCAUAUUCUAGAUACGAUAGAACUAAAGAUAUUUCAUACCCUCUAAGUUCUCAGCACAAUGACGGUGCUUUUAAAAAAAGGGAUAACUCUAUGCAAAGCAGAUCAGGAAGAGGUCCAUCCUAUGGAGAGGCAAAAGAAAAUCCACUUCAUCAAGAAUCUAUAGAUUAUAAUAACCAAAAACGUGGAAAAAGAGAAAACCAAACAGCGAAUCCUGAUCAUUUUUAUGACAGGAAACCACGAACAAUAAAUAAUGAAGCUUUCAGUGGUGUAAAAAUGGAAAAACAUUUCCAUAUAAAUACUGAUUACCAGAAUCCUGUCCGAACUAAUAGUUUCAUUGGUGUUCCAAAUGGAGAGACAGAAAUGCCGCCGAAGGGAAAACGAGUAGGGCCUAUUAAGCCAGCAGGACCCAUCACAGCUGCACCCUAUGAUGAUAAAAUAUUUUACAAUAGUGGGCCCAAAAGAAGAUCUGGGCCAAUUAAACCAGAGAAAGUACUAGACUCGUCUAUUCCUAUGGAGUACUCAAAACUCUGGAAACCUGGAGAUGAAUGCUUUGCACUUUAUUGGGAAGACAACAAGUUUUACCGAGCAGAAGUUGAAGCUCUCCAUUCUUCAGGUAUGACAGCAGUUGUUAAAUUCAUUGAUUAUGGAAACUAUGAAGAGGUGCUCCUAAGCAACAUCAGGCCCAUUCAAACAGAGGCAUGGCUCCAGGGGAGCUGGAAAUGCACAGGAGGAAUCAGAAGACCUGGGUCGAGACCUGGCUCUGCCAGAAACUACCUAUGUGACUUUGGGAGGAUGAAGGCACCUAUGACCAAACCCUGGAGUUCCGCAGAGGAGGUGAUGGCCAGCCAAGAAGAUCCACUCGGCCAACCCAGCAGUUCUACCAACCUCCCCGCGCCCGGAACUAAUGCCAGAAGAGUUUUUGUGAAGAAAGAAGCCAUUGACUGAAACAUCCUGGUCAAAACCUGUUGAUAGACCUCCUACUUCCCCUUCAAAAUAGGAUGCAGCUAUGGCGGAUAUUGUUUGGAGAACAAAAAAACAGAUUUUAGGGGGAAAAAGAAUUCAGCCCACACAAAGAAUGGGAAAAAGUACUAAGUUAACUAAAGCAAAUGCCUUUUACAUGUGAAAGAAUUUUUUCUUCUGCCAUCAAUAAAAUCAGUGCUCUAUUAUGUA